AUGCGGAGAGGAACCAAUGCAAAGUCUACCACUGCCAGAGGCCACUUGGGCAUCGACAGCGAAGACAUCGUCGGUGGAAACCGCGGGAAAUAUGUCGACUGCAAAAUCUGCAGAACCAUACGCGUAGCUGGUAUAUCACCGCUGCCGGACUUUAUGUCCCAUCUAUUUUCUAGGUCUAUAAUUACGAAAGCGUUUAAGGAAUGUGUUCAGGCGUGGGACUGGGGGAGAUGA